AUGCAGGAGCGGGCAAUACAGAGGGUGUGUGUGUGGCUCUUGCUGGUGGUUUUGACCCUUCUGUCUCUCUGGGGUCAUCUGUCUGAUGCCUCCUCUCACCGCAGUCACAUCGUGCACGUGAAGGCUGGCACAUGUGAGGUGAUUGCAGCCCACCGCUGCUGUAACAGAAAUAAGAUUGAGGAGCGAUCACAGACGGUUAAGUGUUCCUGCUUCCCAGGACAAGUCGCUGGAACAACAAGGGCUGCACCCUCCUGUGUGGAUGCGUCUAUAGUAGCUCAGAAGUGGUGGUGUCAGAUGCAGCCGUGUUUGGAUGGUGAGGAGUGUAAAGUCCUGCCUGACCUCACAGGCUGGAGCUGCAGCACAGGAAACAAGGUGAAGACCACCAAGGUGACCCGGUAGUUCUACGCUCCAAGGAACCACCAGACCCAACUUACUGGGGACAAAAGCGCUGAAAGUGAAGACUAACUAGAGACUGCAUUGAGCUUCAGCUAACAGGAUCGAUUAGUAUUAGUCAUAUGAAAAUUACUUGCAAUCAGAACAUCUGAGGAACAGACUGAACUCCAGAAAUAUAUCCACCAUAAACAUUAGGACCAUCCUGAAGUUAAUGUGUCCUCCUCAUUGGACCCCCUGGCCUUCCGGACGCUCAAUCUUCUGGGUGUGGAUCCACAACCUCUGGAAUGUGUUGGCCGGGUGGUCUCGAUGUACGUACGCAGUUGUUGUUGUUUUUUUUGUUUUGUUUUUUUACAGAAGAUGUUUGGAUCAUCUAUACCAGUGCGACCCAAUGGAGUUUAAGCUUAUCAGCAACAUGCUCUCCUUCCUCGUCCUGCAGUACUUCCGGCAAAUCCAUAACCAUCCCUGCUUUUCCCCGAUCAGAAGGUCUGAUCAUUUCUUGUGGAGUUCUUUAAACAGCGUUUAAACAUGUAAAAUCGAUCAGGACUUUUAACGGACUCAUCUUCUGUAUAUUGUUUGUUUCGAAAUUAAAGCUUUUCAAGCCCACAGUCUGAAAUAACAGAUUAGAUGUACCAGUGUAUUCUAGAAAAUGUAAAAGUGUAAAAGAUCAAAGUGUUCUUCUCAAAACAAGCAGAAUAAAGUUUAAAGGUUAUCACUUUUAUUAUCAAUGUUUUUAUCCAGCCUGGUAACUGCUAUCGAGUACAUGUGUCAGUAUUAUAUACAAUAAUUAAAAAUGUUGAAAAUUA